CGAACACCGAUUGAGCCCCCAGAAGUCAGGACCCUGAUCAUCCCAAACCUCCAAUUCCAUUCCACACAUCAGACGCUUCCAGACGCCACAAUGCCGCGUGCCUGCACCCUCAACCGCGAUACCAACGAGACAAAGAUCCAAGUCUCGAUUAACCUCGACGGUGGCGACCUGGCACCCUACGAGCACAGCGACUUCUGGGCCGCCUACGACAAAGAAAAGCUCAACGGCGAGGGCGAAAAGAUCGACAAGGACCAUGCUACCCAAAAGUCUGCAUCGCAGGAGAUUUCAGCCGACACGGGCAUCGGCUUCCUCGACCACAUGAUUCACGCUCUGGCCAAGCACGCCGGAUGGAGUCUUCGCAUACGGUGCAAAGGUGACCUGCACAUUGACGACCACCACACGAGCGAAGACGCCUUUAUCGCACUCGGCUCGGCAUUCAAGAAUGCGCUACAAGGCAGUACGGGACUUGCGCGCUUUGGACACGCCUAUGCGCCGCUGGACGAGGCGCUGUCAAGAGCCGUGAUUGACCUGUCCAACCGCCCGUAUAGCGUUAUUGAUCUUGGGCUCAAGAGGGAGAAGAUUGGAGACUUGAGCUGCGAGAUGAUUCCUCAUUGUCUGCAGAGCUUCGCCCAGGCGUCUGGAACCACGCUGCAUGUGGAUUGUCUCAGGGGCGACAACGACCACCACAGGGCCGAGAGUGCAUUCAAGGCGCUUGCUGUGGCAAUCAGGCACGCGACCACGGUCGUGAAGCAGUGGGAGGGCGAGGUCAGGAGUACAAAGGGUGUGCUGUAUUAGAUUCUGGUUUAGUAGGUAGACCAAUGCGAUAUCAAGAAACGAGAAUGAC